CCGCCCCUUCCUUGCUGCUGCCCGGCGUAGGCGCGGUGCGGAGCCGCAGCUGCCCGCCCGCCCGUCUUCACCCAUGGCCGACACGGAGCUCUUCGGUGCCCAGCAGCCGCAGCAGCCGCUCUCCGGGAACGGGAUGCCCGACGGUGGCGAGGAGGAUCCCGCCGCCGCUUUCCUGGCGCAGCAGGAGAACGAGAUCGCGGGCAUCGAGAACGACGAGGGCUACGGCAUCCUGGAGAACGGCGAGGUGCCCGAGGCGCUGCAGGGUCCCGAGGGCCUCGGCUUGGAUGCUGUUGAUGGAGUGGUUAACGGGGAUGUCUAUCAGGAGAGUAAUGGUCCCACAGACUGCUAUGCUGCCAUCUCCCAAGCAGAUCGACUGCAGUCAGAACCUGAAAGUAUUCGUAAGUGGAGAGAGGAGCAAAAGGAGCGCCUGGAGCAACUUGAUGCAAACUCGCGAAAGCAGGAAGCAGAAUGGAAAGAGAAAGCAAUAAAAGAAUUGGAAGAGUGGUAUGCAAGGCAAGAUGAAAAGCUCGAGAAAACAAAAGCCAGUAACAGCACAAACAUAAAUCAUCCUUGCUACAGCCUAGAACAACAGCAGCUCAAGGAAACUAAAACAGCAGGCUUGUUAAGGGGCUUAUCUUGCUUCCAGUGGGACUCAGGACACUGCCUUCUGCAGUAAGGAUUAAGUCAAGAGACUGCUGAAGGUAUUCUGCCUAAGAGUGUUAUUCUCCCUGUUAAAUCCCCUGUGUAAUGUAUCUAAGGGAACUGCACUGAAUUAAUGCAACUAAGCAAAGAGGAGUAACAAAGACAGUCUAUAAACAAUAUGGCCGAAUCACUGAUACCAAAGAACCUGGAAAAAUUCCAAACUGACAAUGGUUUUGAGCAUCAGGUCCCAUCAUCUCAGCAUCACAUGAGCAAUAGAGUUUUGGAUGCUUCUUCAUUUUUAGUUUGGAUGGCACAUCAGAGAACUUGUUUUGGAAGACAAGGCUGCAACAAACAUUAUCAGAAGACAUAACAGCUUCCAAAAAGGAAUUUUUGAAAUCAUCUUUUUUUGUGAAAAUAAAAUGAAAUCUCAUAUUCUGCCACUGGCUGUUAAAUGCUUACAUCUCUUGUGUAAAUUUUGUUAUGAAAGUCUGAUUAUUUUCACUCUGAUUUGCUAGUAUUUUAGUUUUCAUAAAUGUCACUUUGAGCUCUGUAAAGUGGGCAGAAUUUUUUUAAAUUAUUUUUUUUCAGGCUGUGUUGACUCAUAGGAAAAAACGUGUCAAUUUUCCUUCUAAAAAUACUACACUUUUAAAAGCUGUCUAUAAGACCUUGAAGAUCUGUCAGACACCUUUUAAAUGAAUGCAAAAAUUCUGGACUGUAUCAGGUCACUUUACAUAACCUUUCAUGCUUCUGCACCUUAUUUUCCCCUCUGGGCAACUAUUUAUUGAACUCAUCUAGUUAUUUGCAAAUAUGGAGUGUAAAUGUAAUUGUCCAAUACUGCUGAAAAUAAAAGCCAAAGACUUAU